AUGACUGUCACGUCUCGAGGACGUGAGAUGAUCGCCAUCGUCUCGGUGCUGGUGGGCGUCUCCUUAAUCACGGUGAUCAUGCGUGUAAUUGCGCGGUUGAAACGAAGAGUCAAGUUCGGUCUUGACGACUAUCUCUGCUUUCUCUCCAUGGGUCUUCUCCUGGCUAUGUUGAUUGAGUUGGUUUUAUGGGUAACAAUCGGAGGCAACGGUGCACACAUGGACGAUCUAGAUACAAAGACCCUCAUGAACUUCUCCAAGAUCUUCCUUGCCAACCAAUUCACCUACUUCGUUCUCUGCCCCGCCAUCAAAAUCUCCAUCAUCUGCUUCUACCGCCGCAUCUUCACCAUGCGACCCUUCCAAUGGACGACCCUCGGCCUAAACACCCUCAUCGCCCUCUGGGGCACGGGGAUCUUCCUCGCCUGCGCCCUCCAAUGUCGCCCCCUCCGCGGCUACUGGGACAAGAGCGUCGACGGCCACUGCUUCGACUCGAACAAAUUCUUCAUCGUCAACCAAGUCUUCAACGUCCUCAUGGACUUCGUCAUCCUGGCCCUCCCCGUCCCCAUGAUCUGGAACUUGCAACGCGCCUGGCAGGACAAGCUCGCGCUGAACGGCGUCUUUGCGCUCGGCGCCUUCGUCUGCUUCGCCAGUAUCUACCGCAUCGUCGUCCUCUUCUGGAUCAAGCCCUACGACACCACGUAUACCGUCUACCAGGCCACGCUGUGGACGCACAUCGAGCCCUCCAUCGGCCUGAUCUGCUCGUGUCUGCCCAUCGCGAGAGGCCUGUUCCCGCGCUUCAAGAUCCCCGGAAGCCGCAAGUACGCCACCGCGCCGUACUACAUCAAUACCGAUAUCACGGCUUCGCAUUUCGCCGUGUCCAGUCCCAAGUCUCCUGCGUCCGAGUAUUACAAGAUGGACGACGUCUCGCGUGCCACGAGUGCCACUAUCCCGGACCCCGAGAGUAAUCGGUACCUCGGUCCCAUGGAUAUUCAGGUCCGUACGGAGAUCGAUAUUAAGCAGGAUACGGCGUCGAUGAUAUCGCAACGUUGA